AUGAGCAGCCCGCGAACCAACUCCCAGGCAAGAGCCUCAGGGAAGCGCCGCUCGCGCCUGAACCCGAGCUCUCCAGCGGUCCUCAUCGCUGUCGCAGUCCUCAUCUGUACCGUCCUUCGCAUCUACUGGUUCAGUGACUGGUCUCACUCGUACCUGCUCGCGCUGCACUCUUCAGCUGGCAACCGGCGGAACAUGACGGCUGCGUGGAACUCGGAGUGGAAGCGGCACGCGCGACACUUCCCUUCCGCCUUCGAGGCGAGCCAGCGCGUCGGACGCACCGCCGAACUCUUCGCGGCCACGUUCGCAGUCGCUGCGCCACACGCGACCGUGCCGCGGGUCGAGGAGUCGGCCAUGGAGUGCUCGAGCUACGCGGGCCCGAUGUACUUCCCGUACGGCGGCAAGGCCAAGCACGCCAGCCGCGUCAACACUGCCUGGCUCCUCGCGCUCGACGUCGACCGGCUGCUCCACUUCUUCCGCGUGACGGCGGGCCUGCCUCCGCUCAAAGCGGCGCCGGCGUACGGCGGCUGGGAGAGCGGCGGCUCGGGCCUACGUGGCGAGUUCGUAGGCCAUUACUUGCACGCCGCUUCCGCCGCCGCUGCUUCGACGGGGGACGAGACGGAGCGAGCGGCGCUGCUCGCCCGCUGUGGCGCGGUCGUGCGAGGGCUCGCCGAGUGUCAAGCCAAGCUCGGCGCCGGAGGCUACGUCUCCGCCUUCCCCGAGGCCGAGUUUGCUCUCACGGAGGCGGGCAAGCCGCCCGGGCCUUGGGCGGGCAAGCCGCCCGGGCCAUGGGUGCCCUACUACGUUAUGCACAAGCUCCUUGCCGGUCUGAUUGCGCACCGGCAGCUGUGGCCGAGCACAACGUCGGGCGCUGCGGCCUUGACCGUCGCGCUGCAGCUGGCGUCGCACCUUCGCGGGCGUGCCGAUGCGAUGUGGCGUGUCGACGCUAUGUGGUCUGCGGGCGGCCGCGAGCGGUGGGAGGAUUUCAUCAACCAAGAGGCGUCGGGCGACCCGCUCCUUCGCGGCGCGGCCGAAGCCUUCUUCUCCGAGCUCGACGCCGGCCACACUUUUGCGCACGGCGGCUUGACUGCGGCGGGAGGCGGCUCGACUGCGGCGGGAGGCGGCUCGACUGCGGGCGAGGUGUGGAUGCCGGCGAGGCGGCUGGGGGACGUAGUGCGGCACCGGCACGCGGACAGCUACUGGGCGCAGACCACGAGGCUGCAUGCGGACAACUACUGGGCGCACGACCACGCCGAGAGCUGCGUGCUGCACAACUCGAUGCGCGUCUCGCGCCGGCUGAUGGGCUGGGGCGGCCGCGCCGGUAGCGCGGGGGCGGUCGACUUCGACCCGCAGCGCGGCACCGCCUUUGCGAGGCGGCUCGCGGCGCGCGGCCAUGCGGGCGCGCUCGGCCGGGUCCGGCUGUCGCUCAGCAUGGCCCUCUCCUGGGAGAGGCUCAAGGACGAGCGCGCGAGCUUCGCGCCGCUCCAGGCGGCGCUGCUCGGCCCGCUCGUCCUCGCCGGCCUGACCUACGCCGACCGGCGCAUGCACGCCAACGCGACCCUGCGCAGCGUGCCGCCGCCGGCGUCCGUGUACGAGGCCGAGACGGACGAGCAGGCGGUGCUCGAGCGCGGCUUCUUCUUGGAGGCGCUCGACGCCCCCGGCGAGGUCUGGCACGGCCGCCGGCAAGCUGACGGCCGGCUGCGGCUCGAGAGCGCGUCGACGGCCGGCUCCUUCCUCGCCGUAGAGCCUCUCGCCGGCGGCUGCCGCGGCCAGCCGCCUCUGCUCCACCGCGGCGCUGUCCCCUCCUGCGCGUGGCGCCUCACCCUCGCCUCCGCCUCCGCCGGCGCAACGCCACUCGACGUCUCGCUCGCCCCGCCGCACGCCGAGUUGCCUGCGGUGGCGUAUUGGGCGGUGCCGCCGGCCGACGCGCCGCUGGGGCUGGAGCGGUCGCGCCUGAUGCUUCCGCUCAACGAGAUCGUCGACGAGCACUACUCGGUGUACUGGUGCCGCCUCGCGCCGGACCAGCCGCCGCCUGAGUACUGCCUGCCGUGA